AUGGCCUCCGUCCUGGUCCCCGUCGCAUACAUAAUAAUCAUCUUUGGAGGUCUCUUUGUCUUCAGUUAUUUCUACCGCAAGCACACAUCCACCAAAGCGUUUGAGCCAUAUUUCCCUACGCAUGCCGAGCGCAACGCAUACAUCACACUCCUUCAAAAGACAGACCCACCCGCAAACGACGCUCUCUUGAAAUCAGCCCUCGUCCGACGCGCAAUGGCCGACGUCCAGCGAGUGCUCCGCAUCAGAGAAGACAAACCAGCACUGCAGAAUCUCCUUCAAAAAGGAUCAAUAGGCGACGACCUUUGGAACAGUCUGAUUGCCGCUGAAAAAGAGCUGGAGGCUGAGAUUAUGGAGGUAGUCGCCGAGGCCAAUUCGUUCGUGGAGGGCUGGGGGCAGGUCAUCUUCCCUACUGCGAACGAGAUGUUGGCGAACGAAAAGAUGCGCGCUGUCUUUGAGCGAACGAACGAUUUAAAGGCAGAAUUGGAAGCCAAAUACGAGAUCAAACCUAAACCAGCUCCCGAAUCGUCGGCGUCGAAAACUAUUAACGGGCUGUUAUCACCCACAGCCGCUUCAGAAACCAAUGCAUCCAGCGACAAUGAAGGAUCCGUAACAUCAAAAUCUGGCAAGAAAACCAAGAAAAGAAAGUGA